CAAGAGGAAAUAUACUCAGCAAUGAGUCACUGUACUCACUUGCCUGUGAUUCGCUCUCGCUCUCUCUCUCGCACUUGUUAGUUUCAGUACACAGAGUGUUGUGUGUAGAUGUAAAAGACCUGCAGGACUGUUUGGUCCAUGCCUGUACAGGGCAAGUUGAUAGACCCACAAUGCAUGUGAGACAUGACCAACAAGGCCCACUGGGAUAACUCAACCAGAAUGCACAGCAUGGAGCCAACAGCCAGCUGUUCCCCCACAGUUCCAGAGCCAGAACUCUACCGCAGCAUCCAGGCUGUGUUGCCCAGGGAAACAGACAACCAGCAGUUGUCUGACUGUUUCAACAAAGGCAUGCUGAGAUGGACACUUCAUAAGAAGGUCCAAAACAAUCCUGCCAACAGCUUAUCUCUGGUGUGGUUGCUGAUAAAAGAGCUGGAAAAGGCUGAGAGAUGGGACUCUCGCAAAUGCAUCAUACCUCUGCUCCACACACUAAUGUAUGCCAUUAUUCAGACAGCCUACAUUCCAGAUGAGCUGUACAAGCGUGUUUACGACUUUUGUAAGAGACUCCUGACCUACCCUCAUCCCUACUGCACUGUAGGCCUCAGCUACACAAGACAGAUAAAAACUGAACGCUCCAUUCCAGGUCUGAUGUACCAGAGGAUGGUCACAGCAGAGCAGAGACUAAAAAAUGAGCACUAUCCAUUUCAGGAGAGGGUCUUUGUUCUGGCUGACCCAGAAGUCUUCUCCGGUUCUUUGGGACAAGUCCUUUUGGGUGAUAUUGAGACGUCCACUUCAGAUGGAUCUCUGAGUCCUGUAGAUUACAUGUGCAGGGUGGUCCAACACUCCAUACAGGCUGCUUUAGGAGCAGAGCAGUGCCACGGGCCGAAACUGGCCCAAGCUCUAAAGGACAUGGGUCAAGACGUCGAGUCGCACUUUCAGGAAGUGUUGGCGGCUCUUGAGCAGAGGGCGGAAGAGGGCGGCAGAGGGGAGGGGGGAGCGCUGAGGAGCCGUCUUCAGCAGCUGUACAGCAAGAUCGUCACCGACACAGACUCAGAGCCAUUGUCCAGUGGAGGACUGUGUGACUGCCCUCUUCCUAACCCAGAGAUGAUCUUCUACCUGUGGACGGAGGAGCUGGAUAUCUGGCGAGAGCUGGCCAAGUGGUUUCGAUCCAGCUCCGUGUCGGAGAAGUUUUCCCUCAGCCAGGAGCAGGAGGACUUUGAGCUGGGUGAGUCGCCCAGCGACCUGAUGCCAUCUGACAUGACCCGCUUCUCCGUCAUGUCCAACGACAGCGGCAUCGAAAGAGACCUGCCCCCUGGCGCUGAUCCCUCCCAAUCGUCAUCUCUGGACACUGCCAGCAUGAGUGCAUCAUGGGAACAAUGCAAAACGACCUGGAGUACAUCUUCUCCUUCUCCAAGUAAGCAAGAGUCGAUGAGGCUGUCACGGCGUGGAGGCAUCAAGAUGAAACCGUCUGUGAAGGACAGUAUGGUGCUGAUGCAGGAGACCCUGGAGGAUCACGCAAGCCUCGAAGCUGGAGGAGGAGGAGGAGGAGGAGGAGGAAGUGGAGGUAAGGUAGGAAGAAGAGGAGCGACUCUACAGAGGCGGGCAGGAAGCAGCGCGAUGCACAACCCCUUUCUCAAGCAGCAGAGACACUUUACUGCCAGGAUAGUCGCCAUGGGAGACGACAGGGUACUGGGCCGCCUGGCCAAGGCCUACUAUUUCUUCAGGAAAAGGGAAGCGCGGAGGCUUUUUCUUACAAUGAAAGUAAACCUCCAGUUUUACUACAUCCCUGUUUGCAGGGCCACAACUCCCAUCUCCUCUAUCAAAGAAAACCUUCAUCUGUCCAUGGGGAAUCCCUGCACUCUUGGUUCCUACUUGAGCAUGGUGGACCCGUGGUACAACUCUAACAUCAAGAGUUUAGGCUGCAUGAUCCCCAAACUGGCUAAGAUACACCAGAUGAACCCAGGGAGGCCAAAAGAGCCUUUUGUGUCUGAUGUCAUUUCCUACUACGUUCGUACCGGCCAGCAGCCUGUCUACUUCACCAUAUACUUUGUUAAGAUCACAUUUACCAACACGGCAAAGGAGCCUGUGGAAGAUGUGUUUCUUACUCAUCUAGAAAUGGAGUUUCCUGAGUUCCGACAGAUCUCAGCCUCAAUUAGAGAAAAGCAGAAGAAGAGCUCAGGGGAUCUAUGUGGGGCUGUUAUCUCGAUGAAUUACAGGAAGGUGACAUUAAGUGGCCGAGACAUUGACAAAGGAAUCUCAGUCAGGACAACAGGCGCUCAGAUCAAUGCUAUUCCUUCCAAUGAAGCAGAAGAUCUGAACUGUUUGACACUGACAUUGAAUGAAUCUCCAACAAAAACUAAAAACAACAUUGUGUCUCAGGAGUCAAAGUUUCGGUCCAGCAACAUUAAGAUUCGCACUUUGGAGAAACGAUCUUUCACUGUUACACUGGACAGAGAUUGUCGCAGGAUCUACAGAGACGUGCAGAGCAUCGAGAUCUCCCCGUGUCUUGAUCCCGGAUACUGCGUCCAGAAAACCAUGAGGUCCAAAUACAAGUUGGGAGCGGACAAAGACGCUGGACUGAGCAAAUACAUGAGCAAAAGACUUCUUCUACCAAUCAACACAUUUGCUGGCAUCAUCACCUGACGUGGUGGACUAACCCCACAGAGAAACUUUGAGAAUUAAGACCAUCCACGCUAUGUUUUGAUGGUGGAAUGGUUGUUCCUUCCGACUUCAGAAGUCCAAUCUGACACAUCAAAGGACAAAAAGAAUCACCUUUGAGCCAUACUGAGCUGCUCCUAAACCAAUUUUUUUUUAAUUCAGUCAGCCGGGACUGACUGGCAUGUAUGGAAAAAGACUAUACAUCAAAAGCAACACAUACCGUAUUCGUCGCACUUCUUGCGGCUAAAUAACCAGUUGGAUUCUUUUACAGUAACAGGAACAAAAUGGUAUUACACAGCAGGGUGUGACCGAACUCCUUACAGUGUUUCUGUACCACUAUAUAUAUAUAUGUACAUAUAUUUAGACGGUCAGUAAAUGUAUGCAGAUUAGAUUGCCAAAGGACAAUACUGCCUUUGACACUAGAGAGAUGGGCAGGGGAAAAUAAGUAAGCAAAGGUACAGUGUGUACCUGUAUACAUUAAAGAUUUCAGGGCUACUGGUAUUUGGAUAUUUGAUAUUUCACUAAUAAUUUGACAUCAUAAAAAACUCCAAACUCUGAAAAUCUGUUUCUCCAAGUCACCACUUGGUGAGGCAGAUUUGAAGGGUUGACAGUUACUCUACUUCAUAGACACACUACCUUUAACUACCUUCUUGUUGCAUACACAUACAGUGCACACAAAAGAAUACAGUCACCCUGGCCUGUCAGCAACUAUAACAUACAGCUUGUUAAAAGACUGGUAUGAGGAUGGCUGGCGAUUACUUUACCUGUUGCCUUUGUCUUAGCUGAAUCAUUCAAAUAAGUUGGUAUUCCCGUACCUGUUACAUAAUGUAAGUUGUUAUGAAGGUGCAAGUGAUUGACAUUAGCCUUGGGUUUAGGUUUUUGGAAAUGUUCUGGAAGGUUUUGAGAACCGCACACUAUGUUCAGUGCAGAAGCUAGAGCCAUGUGUCAGGAACUACUACACAACAGAAGCAGCUUUUCUCUUUUACUCUCUCAGACAGACGAGGGGAUCAUGCACACACUGAGCUGCAUGAAGUAGCCUGACUUCAAGCCACUGUCUACGACCAAGACAUGCAAGAUUCUGGGUACACUCAAAUGUAAAACUUGCACACAUGCCAGCAAAUGUUUUACUAAAUGUAUCCAACACAAGGUGUGAAAAUCACCCUCAUCCACUCACUGUGGUGCGUUCGAUGAUUCAUAAAUAUGGUAAAUUGCAUCUUUUUGCACUAAAACUGCAAGGCUUUUUUUUGUUACGUCCCUGUGGGAGUGCAGCAACAGUGUGUAAAGCAUGUAAUUAUGACUACAUGUGUUAUUAUGUCUAAGUUAUAGAGGGUCAUUCAAGACACAACUAUUGGUUCAAUUGUCAUUUAUUAAAAUGUUGCUUUUGCCACAUAAUUAUUAGAUAACACACCCAAGAAUGGCUCAGGAGCCUUUUUUGUAUCCCCACAGGUAUGAUCUCAGGCAAUAAAGGUCAACAGCCUCAGGAACUGGAAGUGUGUGUGUGUGUGUGUGUGUGUGUGUGUGUGUGUGUGUGUGUGUGUGUGUGUGUGUGUGUGUGUGUGUGUGUUUGUUUGUGUGUCUGCGUGUGUGUCUGCUGGCCUGGGGGUAAAAUCAUGAGAAAUUCAUGGUACAGUUUGCACAUUAAUUUUCAUCUAAUGUCAUAUAUGAAGACGAUGCCAUUAAAAUCAACAUGUAAGUGUGUAAAUAAAUUAUUUUGUUUUGUAAAACGUUG